AUGCGUGCCUCGUUCCUCCUCCCUGCAGCCCUCUACGCCCUGGCCGCCCAUGCCGACGACAAAACCACUACAAUCGGCUACUUCGUCCCCAACUGGUCUGCCACCUUGUUAAGCUACGGCGGCUGGACCAGCACCGGCGCCAGCAUCGCAGGAAUCAACGCCGCCGCAACAACCUACAACGUGGGCUGUCUGAAAGACGCCCCCAAGACAGACUGCAACAUCAAGAACUCCUGGACGAUCAUCCAGGGCCCCGAGACCGUCAGCGUGACAGGCGUGUACACCGCCUCGACCUCAGGCAAGGAAACGAGCUACGAUAUCACCGUCACGCAGUCCUACGAGUGCAAGAUUCGGUCCCGCACUGAGUCUGCCAGUUGCACCAUGAGCAUUGGGAUGACAGGCUCGGCGGGUGGUGCUACGGUUGGGUCGUCGACGUCAAGUAGUGCGACGUAUUCGCCGGCGACGAGCUCGUACUAUGAGUUGGUUGUUACGGCGGGAGUGGACAAGUUUACUGCCCCUGAGGCGACGAAGACGCCUGGUGUUGCUGCUGCUGGGCCUGCGGGGGCGUUGAUCACGGCUGCGCCUGUUGUUGCGGCUGCGGUUGCUGCUCUUCUUUGA